AUGUUUGUGUACUGCUACAGGAAGGCCCAUGAAGCCUCCCAUCACCAACAGCAAGCAGCACAGAACAGCUUGCUGCCCCUCCUGAGCUCUGCAGUGGAGCCCCCUGAUCAGAAACCAUUGCUUCCGAUACCAAUAACUCAGAAACCUCAGGCUGCACCAGAAACAUUAAAGGAUGCUAUUGGGAUUAAAAAAGAAAAGCCCAAAACUUCAUUUGUGUGCACUUACUGCAGUAAAGCUUUCAGGGACAGCUAUCACCUUAGGCGCCACGAGUCCUGCCACACAGGGAUCAAGUUGGUGUCCCGGUCAAAGAAAACUCCCACCACAGUGGUUCCUCUUAUCUCUACCAUCGCUGGGGACAGCAGCCGAACUUCGCUGGUCUCGACCAUUGCAGGCAUCUUGUCAACAGUCACUACUUCUUCCUCGGGCACCAAUCCCAGUAGCAGUGCCAGCACCACAGCUAUGCCCGUGACCCAGUCUGUCAAGAAACCCAGUAAGCCUGUCAAAAAGAAUCAUGCUUGUGAGAUGUGUGGGAAGGCCUUCCGAGAUGUGUACCACCUCAAUCGGCACAAGCUCUCUCAUUCGGACGAGAAGCCCUUCGAGUGUCCUAUUUGUAAUCAGCGCUUCAAGAGGAAGGACCGGAUGACUUACCAUGUGAGGUCUCAUGAAGGAGGCAUCACCAAACCCUACACUUGCAGUGUUUGUGGGAAAGGCUUCUCGAGGCCUGACCACUUAAGCUGUCACGUAAAACAUGUCCAUUCAACAGAAAGACCCUUCAAAUGCCAAACGUGCACUGCUGCCUUUGCCACCAAAGACAGACUGCGGACACACAUGGUGCGCCACGAAGGCAAGGUAUCAUGUAACAUCUGUGGGAAGCUCCUGAGUGCAGCGUACAUCACCAGCCACUUAAAGACCCAUGGGCAGAGCCAAAGUAUCAACUGUAAUACAUGUAAACAAGGCAUCAGUAAAACAUGCAUGAGUGAAGAGACCAGCAACCAGAAGCAGCAGCAGCAGCAGCAGCAACAACAGCAACAGCAGCAACAACAGCAGCAACAUGUGACAAGCUGGCCAGGGAAGCAGGUAGAGACGCUGAGACUGUGGGAAGAAGCUGUCAAAGCAAGGAAGAAAGAAGCUGCUAACCUGUGCCAAACCUCCACGGCUGCUACAACACCUGUGACCCUCACUACUCCAUUCAAUAUAACGUCCUCUGUGUCGUCUGGGACUAUGUCAAACCCAGUCACAGUGGCGGCUGCAAUGAGCAUGAGAAGUCCAGUAAAUGUUUCAAGUGCAGUUAACAUAACCAGCCCAAUGAACAUAGGGCAUCCUGUAACUAUAACCAGUCCAUUGUCCAUGACCUCUCCUUUAACACUCACCACCCCAGUCAACCUCCCCACUCCUGUCACUGCCCCAGUGAAUAUAGCACACCCUGUCACAAUCACAUCUCCCAUGAACCUACCCACACCUAUGACAUUAGCCGCCCCUCUCAAUAUAGCAAUGAGGCCUGUGGAGAGUAUGCCUUUCUUGCCCCAAGCUUUGCCUACAUCACCACCUUGGUAAACAGUAUUAUAAAAUCAAAAUAUGGGUUAAAGUAAAUAUUUACCAGCAACUUACUUUUAGUUGAUUAAAACAAAAGGUAAACCAUAAAAAUUGAGAGAUUUUAUUAUAUUAGUUAAUAAGAGUAUAGUAGCAUUUUUCUCCAAUUUGGCUGGGAUUGUUCAAAGUAGGGUGUGUAUGUAACUUAUCACUGGACCACUUUAGUUUAAUCAGAAAUUCCUUUUAGCUGACAGCAUUGCUUAAACAGGAUAGUAGUUGGCAAGAUGAAAUGCCAGAAUUAAAAUCAAUCAUAAAAAAGCCCAUUUCAGAGUUUAAAAAAUAGCAUUACUGUUUUUAAUCCUAAGAAAUCAUUUUAUUCUAAACACUAGCAAAACUCUUCUCCCUUUACAGGGUGGAUGACUGAUUUUAACCUGAAAUUCUAAAUCCACGGAUUGAGAGCUAGUGUACAAUUGUCUGUGUUUAUUGUUUUUUAUGAGUAAAUACAUGCAUUGUCAUAAUAAAAUGCAUUUCAGAGAAUAUGCAUUUUACCUUUGGGAAUAUGUUAAUUUCAGGCAGCAUUCCCUAUGGGAAAGGUGAUACCAGCUCUGAUAUGCAAAGCAUAUGAUAAUUUAUCAUUCUAACUUCAACAUAUAAUAGGGAUUGUGACCUGAUAUUUGGAUAUGUAAAUAUUGCUCAGCAUAUUAAUCCUGAUGGAAUAUAGCAUUGUAGUUGACUUUUUAAAAAAAAUUUAAAAAACAAAAAAAAUAAAACAAAAAUCAAUAUACAAAUUGUGUUUUGGUAAGAUAAGGCCGCAGCUUACAGAGGAGAAAUCAAGUGUGCGGUAAUGCAGGCUUCUAACAAACGGAGGCCAGUGGGACUCCUAUUGAGGAGCCAGAGUACCUUGGAACAGUUUAAAUAUAUUGCUUUAAAUUGGAAGACGCUGGAGGCACUGGGAUGUGACAUGCCCCUCUCUCUCCCAAUCAGAGCCUGUUGAUGUUACAACAGGGACAGAUGUGUUAGUUGCUCACUAGAGUUUAUGUCUUAUAUGAAAUUGUAUACAGUUUUUAUUCUAACCACUAACUAGGUAGUAUGCCCCUUCAGAACAAGCAGAGUGUAUCUUUUUUUUUCCUCCUUCCGUUUCUUAAUCAAGUAUUGUGCAGAUUUGUUCAACUUUGUAAAUAUGGACAUCACUUUUUUUUUUCCUUUGAGAAAACACUUGUAUCAGCUUUGUGGUGUUUUCAGGGAGACAGCUGUCUGUACUCCCUGUGGAAACCCAGCAAUGAUUGUGCACGUUGAGACAUGUGCUUUUUAUUUCUUAGCCGGAUGUUUUAUCUGUACAUAAAGUAGAAACCAAAAGCUAGGGAAGCAGACACUCUUCACACCAUCAUGCACACUUAAUGUUUUUAAAACAUUGUGUUUUUUAAAAAAAGUUCAUUGAAAACCAAGGCGCUGUGAUUUUUUUUGUUAAGUUGCGGUAUGUUUUUGGUUUUUGUUUUUAUUUUUUAGUCUUGCAGUUAAGAUAAAUGGAAAUUAGUUGUGUUAAUCUUGCAAAAUGUUUGCAGGACUGACUAUCAAACUGGAUGACUUCCGUUUAUACCCCACUGUGUCAGUUCAGGCAUCAAAAUACCUUGUAUCUGAGGCAGACUUCCUACAUCAGGGACAGGUGUCCGUGUGUGUCAUUAUACAAAACAGUUCUAGGGGGUUGAACUACAUAGUAAAAAAUAAAUAGUACUUAGUGUAAAAUAAUUUUAUAAAUGAUCUUUUGUACUUUAGGACAUUAAAUUGUACAACUUUUGUAUAUAUAAAAGCUUAGGAACUUUCUGUUUAGCAGGAAGGCAACACAUUCCUACACUUUUAAUGUAUAUGUUUGUUAUAAUGUCCAUGUAAACAUGCCCUAUGUUUGUGCCUUUUAAUUAGUUUGUCUCAAUAAAAAAAUGUAGAGAAAAAUAUGUAGCUAUGACUUUGUUAAAACUGUUCUAUCCACAGUACAAAAAUGGUUUGUUUUUAAUAUGUAGAACAUUAUGUGUGGACUACUGGAAGGACUUAUGUAGGGAUGGCCCAAGAAGGGCCCUGCUGAGGCCUGGAUUGGAAGGGCAGGGGCCAUGUUUGGAGGAAGUCUACCUUUCCUGGUAUGCAGACCCAAGACUGGGUUCUGACUCUGCCUGUUGGAACCUGUCAUCUCUCUGAUGGGUUGUCAAUCACGAUCUUCCAUGAUUCGACAGCCCAGGCUUCCUCCACAAUGGUCUAAGGAGCAGUCUUCAGUGGGCACAGGUGUGGGCUCUACCCUCAGGCUAGAGUGUGGUUGUCAGAACCCUGAAAGUAUUAGUUCUUUAAAAAAAAAAAAAAGAAAAGAAAA